UGAUUUCUUAAUUUUAUCACUAAUAUUCUACAAAAUGUGGUGUAUAAAAUCAAAAAUCAUUCCAAAGUUUCUCAAGACCUUUAUAAGACCACGAAUUUUUUUCAUGCCAGUCAACAUUUGUUCAAUAAUAGGUCUGUGGAAGGAAAGCACACUCUUUAGGGUCACAAUUAUUAACUAUGAAAUCAUUGAAACUAUUAUAUUUCUGUUUAUGAGUUUCAAAAUUAUUGUGCGUUCAUCUCAAAUAGUUCUACAAUUUUGAAAAAUACAGAGUUUUUUUAAAAACUACUUUUUGGACAUUGUAGCUAUUGUAAGAAAAUAUUUUAAAAUAUAAGUAUUUAAAAGCAAUACAGGACACCCUGUAUGAUGGUAAUGUCUAUGGCAAUGGUUGUAUUCCAGUACUUAAAUGUGAAAGAAGGAAUGAUUACUUUCUAGCUGAAUAUAGGCUAGAAUGGAAGGCAAAAAAAGUUUAUGACUUAUCUUCAGUACUUCCAGCUUAAUGGAUAAUUACUCUUAAAAGGAGCAAGAAUGAUUGCCUCUGGAUAGAGGAAUUGGAUAGCAAUGGGCUAUGGGAUAGGAGACCUAUACACCUUCAUGCUAUAUUCUUUUGUGCCUUUUUAAAUUUUGAAGAAAAUAUUCAAGAUAGUAAAUUUCCGUACAUAAAAAUAUAUGGUAGUAUGACCAGUGGAAAUAUAUUUCGUGAUGUAAAGGGAAUCACCGAGGAAGAAGAUUCAAAUAUUUUGACUGCCAACUCGUAUUUAAAAAAAAAAAAAAUUAUUGAAAGAGAUGGAGAAAAGCCAAGCUGCAGUCCCACAUGGAGCCUCUGGGCGCCGCUGUCGGCCAGUGCAGAGCAAGCGCUGACGCCCGGGAUCCUUCAGCCUCUAGCCUGGAAUCCCCUGUGCAGCCAACAGAGAGAAGAAAACCAGCUCACACACACAGGUUCCCGGCUGCGCAGACCCUGCCCAGCACACCGGAUUCCCAGCCCCAAGACCCGGGACUGCUCCCGUCCUGGGCCGAAUGGUCUUCUAGCGCGGUAAAGUGCACUUUCUCCAACUGGAAAAGCUAGGACCCAGCGAGAAUCCGAGCGAACGAUGGGAGGGAGCUGCGCGCAGAGGCGCCCGGCCGGCCUGCGGAAGGUAUUAUUUCUCUUGCUGCUGCCUUUGUUCUACCCGGCGCUGUGUGAGCCGAUCCGCUACUCGAUUCCGGAGGAGCUGGCCAAGGGCUCGGUGGUGGGGAACCUCGCUAAGGAUCUAGGGCUCAGUGUCCUGGAUGUGUCGGCUCGCAAGCUGCGAGUUAGCGCGGAGAAGCUGCACUUCAGCGUAGACGCGGAGAGCGGGGACUUACUAGUGAAGGACCGAAUAGACCGUGAGCAGAUAUGCAAAGAGAGAAGAUGUGAGCUGCAAUUAGAAGCUGUGGUGGAAAAUCCUUUAAAUAUCUUUCAUAUCAUUGUGGUGAUUGAGGAUGUUAAUGACCACGCUCCUCAAUUCCAGAAAGAUGAAAUAAACUUGGAAAUCAGUGAGUCCGUCAGCCCGGGGAUGGGAACAAUUCUUGAGUCUGCAGAAGAUCCUGAUAUUAGUAUGAAUUCGCUGAGCAAAUACCAACUAAGUCCUAACGAGUAUUUCUCCUUGGUGGAGAAAGACAAUCCUGAUGGUGGCAAAUAUCCAGAAUUAGUACUGCAGAAGACUCUGGACCGAGAAACGCAGAGCGCUCACCACUUGGUACUGACCGCCUUAGAUGGUGGGACCCCUCCCCGAAGCGGUACCGCUCAGAUAAGAAUCCUGGUGAUCGAUGCCAAUGACAACCCCCCAGUGUUCAGCCAGGACGUGUACAGGGUCAGCCUUCGGGAAGACGUGCCUCCAGGCACCUCCGUCCUGAGAGUGAAGGCCACUGACCAGGACGAGGGCAUCAACUCAGAGAUCACUUAUUCCUUCGUUGGUGUGGCUGACAAAGCUCAGCACGUAUUCUCUCUGGAUUACACUACAGGAAACAUUCUAACUCAGCAGCCUUUGGAUUUUGAAGAAGUGGAAAGAUAUACGAUGAACAUAGAAGCAAAAGACCGAGGAUCUCUCUCCACACGGUGUAAAGUAAUUAUAGAAGUUCUAGAUGAAAACGACAACAGCCCAGAAAUAACCAUCGCGUCACUCUCUGAUCAGAUUAUGGAGGAUUCGCCUCCAGGAGUGGUUGUUGCCCUCUUCAAAACACGGGACCGAGACUCUGGGGAAAAUGGGGAAGUCAGGUGCAGUUUAAGUAGAGAUGUUCCAUUUAAGAUUCAUUCUUCUUCUAAUAAUUACUACAAGUUAGUAACAGAUGGGUCCCUGGAUCGGGAGCAGACCCCAGCGUACAACGUCACCAUCACAGCCACCGACAGGGGCAAGCCUCCGCUCUCCUCCAGCAAAACCAUCACCCUGUAUAUCACUGACGUCAAUGACAACGUGCCUGUUUUCGGACAGUCUGCCUACCUGGUCCACGUGCCAGAAAACAACCAGCCGGGUGCCUCUAUAGCGCAAGUCAGUGCCUCUGACCCAGACUUUGGGCCCAAUGGCCGUGUCUCCUACUCUAUCGUUGCCAGUGACCUGGAGCCACGAACGGUGUCGUCCUACGUGUCGGUGAGCGCGCAGAGUGGGGUGGUAUUCGCGCAGCGCGCCUUCGACCACGAGCAGCUGCGCUCCUUCGAGCUCACGCUGCAGGCUCGCGACCAGGGCUCGCCCGUGCUCAGCACCAAUGUGAGCCUGCGCGUGUUGGUGGGCGACCGUAAUGACAACGCACCACGGGUGUUGUACCCUGCGCUGGGUCCCGACGGCUCCGCGCUCUUCGACACGGUGCCGAGGGCCGCGCAGCCAGGCUACCUGGUGACAAAGGUGGUGGCCGUGGACGCCGACUCGGGGCACAAUGCCUGGCUGUCCUACCACACGGUGCAGGUCAGUGAGCCUGGGCUCUUCAGCCUGGGUCUGCGAACAGGCGAGGUGCGCAUGGUGCGUGCUUUGGGUGACAAGGACUCCGUCCGCCAUCGCCUGCUGGUCGCUGUAAAAGAUGGAGGACAGCCACCCCUUUCAGCCACUGCCACGCUGCACCUGGUGUUCGCGGAUAGCUUGCAAGAGGUACUGCCGGACUUGAGCGAUCGUCCCACAUCCUCUGAUUCUCAGGCUGAGCUGCAGUUUUACCUGGUGGUGGCCUUGGCCUUGAUUUCUGCGCUCUUUCUCCUCGCGGUGAUUCUAGCGAUUGCUCUACGCCUACGACAGUCUUUCAGCCCUACUGCAGGGGGCUGCUUUGAGUCAGUUGUCUGCUCCAAGUCUGGACCUGUGGUUCCCCCCAACUACAAUGAGGGAACUUUGCCCUAUGCCUAUAAUUUUAGUGUACCUGGGGAUCAAAUGAAUCCAGAAUUUAAUUUUCUCACGUCUGUUGAUCUUUGUCCAGCCACACAAGAUAACCUCAACAAAGAUAGCUCUUCCGUGCUACUGGCUAGCAUUUUAACUCCUGGUUUUGAAACAGAUAAGAAGAUUUUUAAACAGCAAGCCCCGCCCAACACGGACUGGCGUUUCUCUCAGGCCCAGAGACCCGGCACCAGCGGCUCCCAAAAUGGCGACGACACCGGCACCUGGCCCAACAACCAGUUUGACACAGAGAUGCUGCAAGCCAUGAUCCUGGCGUCUGCCAGCGAAGCUGCUGAUGGGAGCUCCACCCUGGGAGGGGGUGCCGGCACCAUGGGCUUGAGCGCCCGAUACGGACCCCAGUUCACCCUGCAGCAUGUGCCCGACUACCGCCAGAACGUCUACAUCCCAGGCAGCAAUGCCACACUGACCAACGCAGCUGGCAAGCGGGAUGGCAAGGCCCCAGCAGGUGGCAAUGGCAACAAGAAGAAGUCGGGCAAGAAGGAGAAGAAGUAACGUGGAGGCCAGGCCAAGAGCCACAGGGCAGCCUCCCCCCAACCAGCCCAGCUUCUCCUUACCUGUACCCAGGCCUCAGAGUUUCAGGGCUCACCCCCAGAAUACUGGUAGGGGCCAAGGCCAUGCUCCCCUUGGGAAACAGAAACAAGUGCCCAGUCAACACCCACCCCCUUUUGCCCCCAGGGGGUUGAAUAUGCAAAGGGAGUUCUGCUGGGAACCCCCAUCCAAUCAAUUGCUGUACCCAUGGGGGUAGUGGGGUUAGUGUAGACAGCAAGAACCAUUUGCCACACCCCCUUUGGUUACAGCUGAACUCUUCCAUCUUCCAAAUCAAUCAGGCCCAUCCAUCCCCUGCCUCUCUCCUCCCCACCCUACCCCACGCCAACAGUUCCUCUCUCUUGAGUAAGGUGGUUGGGGUGUUGAGGUACCAGGUAACCUGCAAGGCUCUUCGUGCUGGAGAGUUGGAAAGGCAUUAUGACCUCUUGGCCUCUCUUUUGAUUGUCAGUCUUCCCCCAAAGCAUGGUUUGGUGCCAGCCCCCUCACCUCCUUCCAGAGCCUGAGAUCAAUGCUCAUGUUUUGGAGGACAUGGUCACCAUCCCCAUGGUACUGAUGCUUGCUGGAUUUAGGGAGGGCAUUUUGCUACCAAGCCUCUUCCCGAUGCCCUGGGGACCAGUCUUCUGUUUUGUUUUGGUUUUCAUUGUUUGACAUUCCCACUGCAUGCUGUGACUUCCCGCACUCCUCCUCAAACAAGAGACUCUACUGCAUGUUCCAAGACAGUAUGGAGUGGUAAGACAAAGCAGGGAAGUAUGUGGAUGUGGAUGGUGGGGGCAUGGACACAGCUUGACACAUCAAGGCAUAAGGGCCUUGCAGGAGGCUCUGUAUGUCCCCAGGGGACUGACAAGAUCCUCCAAAUUCCAGCCAUAAACCAAGAACUAGGCUGGACCCUCCCCACUACAUAUAGGGCUCAGCCCAGGCAGCCAGCUUUGGGCUGAGCUACCAGGACCAAUGGAUUAAACUGGCAUUUCAGUCUAAGAAAGCUCAAAGCAGGUUUAGGACCAGAUCCCCUGGAGAGGUCAGAGGGACCUCUGUGGGUGCUGGGUACUCCAGAGGUGCCACUGGUGGAAGGGUAGUGGAGCCCCAGCAGGAAGGGUGGGCCGGCCAGGCCAUUCUUAGUCCCUGGGUUAGGAGGCAGGGAGCUAGGGCAGGGACCAAAUGAACAGAAAGUCUCAGUCCAGGAUGGGGUUUCUCUACAGGGCCCCUGCCGUCCUCAAGCCUCUGACCUUCACCUUACCCGGUGCCAUUUCUUCUCCGUGAAGGCCACUGCCCAGGCCCCCAGUGCGCCCCCUAGUGGCCAUAGCCUGGUUAAAGUUCCCCAGUGCCUCCUUGUGCAUAGACCUUCCUCUCCCACCCCCUUCUGCCCCCGGGGCCCCGGCCAUCCAGCGGGGCUGCCAGAGAGCCCCAGACCUGCCCUUACAGUAGUGUAGAGCCCCCUCUCCCUCUUUCGGCUGGUGUAGAAUAGCCAGUAGUGUAGUGCGGUGUGCUUUUACGUGAUGGCGGGUAGGCAGCAGGCAGCGGGCUCCGCGCAGCCGCCUGUCCUUGAUCUGCCCGCGGCGGCCCGUGUUGUGUUUUGUGCUGUGUCCACGCGCUGCGGCGACCCCCUCCCCCGUACUCACUCCUCCUAUAAGCGCUUCUCUUCGCAUAGUCACGUAGCUCCCACCCCACCCUCUUCCUGUGUCUCACGCAAGUUUUAUACUCUAAUAUUUAUAUGGCUUUUUUUCUUCGACAAAAAAAUAAUAAAAAGGUUUCUUCUGAAA